CUUCGUAUUUGAAAUCGACAGGAGGCAGAAAUAGAUGCAGUUCACAAAGGUACUGUGUUGUAAGAACGGGGUAAAUUGAUGGGAACUCCUAGCCGCUACCAUGGCCGGUAUUUCCUUUCGAACAGACCGGACGGGACAGCGAAAUUCCCCUGUUACCGCGAGAUGCAUUGCGAUAGUCUUGGGACCCGACCGAAGUCUGAAAACGAAGAAAGAAAAAGAUAAUCGUGUAGUAGAUCCCAUAACAGGUCAAGAAAUUUUGGACACCGAAAAACACAUUGACUCGGACAAGCGUUCACAGGAACCUCCUUCUGCAAGAAAAAUUGAUUCUUCCAAUGGGAAAGAGAUUUUCGAAGAGUUUAAGGUUCGGAACCGAACCUGCUACUGGAACCCGGCUCUUGUAGAGAGUGUAAAAAACUUGGAAUACCUCGGCUUUGUAGAGCCGUGCACACUUCUGGUAGGUGGAGAGGACCUUCACUUGGAAAAUGUACGCACAGCCUGGGGGAGACAUGUUCUCAAACCGCCUGCCAACUUUGUCAUUGAGAAAAUCGGGGAUGUUGGUGGAAUUCAGAUGCAGGUUGUCCCUCAGACACAGUUCAUUCCUCUGCCCGAGUCCCUCUGUCUCAUCAUCAUGGAUCUCAACAACAACCGCAUUAUUGCCACUCUAGACUUGAUUCGGGAACGUCUUGCUCACUGUUACGGACCAGACAUGCAACUCCCCAACGAUCAGCUUAUCUAUGAUACCCUUGGACAACUUAUUCGGGAGAGAAAAGUGUUUCAUACAGAAUGCUACAUGGGAGAAGGAAGUGGAUAUUUUGUGGUGACGCCUGACACAUACCGACUGCGCACAGAUGACCACAGCCAGACAUACGGCACUGCCAUGGUGCAGUACCAUCCUAUGUACAUACCUGUCCCCCAUUUCAGCCACCUCCCACCUGGUUACCAUGCCAACAGGGCUGCCCAAAUGAGGACAAUUUCAUGUCAGACAAAGGGUGAGAGUGACCCUCCCAGUCGAGGCAGGGUCAAACUGGAGCGCAGCCAUAGCAUGAAGGGUUCCAAGGGUAAAGAUCUACCCCAGAAAGAGUGUGUGGAUGAGCCAGAGUUAAAGAGAAGCAUGUCCGUCAAGUACAAGACUGAGAGGGGGAAGACAGUGUACAAGGAUAUUAACCUGAAGAACAGUAACCUCAACCAGGAGAAAGACAAAGGUGAGAAGGUUUCAUUGCUGAGUAAACUGUUUGGAAAAGGAAAGAAGAAAGCCCCGCCUCCACCGCCUGUCAAAGAGGUGGAGUAUGCAUCAUUCUCUGCUCAGUUCCCGCCUCCUGAAUGGCAGUGGUACCAGCAGCAGAUUGAGAAACAUCGGCGAGUAGAAGACUGGGUAAAAAACCAGAUCCCUAAGUCCGAGACCUGGCCCUACCUGCAGGCUCCCCCCUAUAGUGUCGAAUACAACGGGGCAAAGCCUAUGGCAGUGUUUGCCCCAGGAGAGCAGCCACAUCAGGGACAGUUCAUGCAGGCACCCUGUCCAGUGCACUCCGGUGGGGAACCUGACCAUCAUGGCAUGGACAGCCAUCAGCGAGCAGCCACCUUACCUCCACACAGACACUCCAAGCGAAAACAGGGUCGCAGCAAGUCGCUAACACGACCCGAAGCUGGACGGCACAAGGGCAACUCUGAACUGACCCGUAGUGCGGAGAGACUGAAGUUGUCGUAUGAGAGCUAUGAGCAUGGAGGCAGUAGUGUUGAGGUGAAAGAAAAUGCUGACCCUCAGUUACAGGGACCUCCACAUCCUAUCCAUAGCUUCAUGUCUGUAGAUGAACAUCCCUAUGGUAUCCCCUACCACAGUACCCCAAGGGAGCCAGGUGUGCCCAUGCCGGGCAUGCCUAUGUUACUUCAGCCUCACCCAUCGUACAUGGACGAAUCGUACCAGCCACGUAAAGGGGAGAUGUUUACGGAACACAGUGUCCAGGCUUACGGGAAGCACGACAGCAAGGAGCCCCAUUACAACAGGAGAGCUUACAAGGCCAAGAAGAAACAGCAAAGGGCCAGCGAGAAUCAUAGAAGAAGCUUUAAUGAAGGAGACAUCAGUUACGAAUAUAAAGGUAAACUGCCUAAGAAGGAGUCUUCUUUCGCUGUAUCUUGUGAGAGUGGGGUCAACUGUGUUGGUCAACUGAGCAAUGAUGACGACGGUAAACCGGGCCAAGUUUCUAGUCACCUGGGUCAGGUCCAUGAUGGUCAGCCUGGGUCAGAGAGUCAGGGGCGAGCUGGUCAAGCUGACCACAGCCAUUCUCGCCACAAGUCUUAUCUCAUGAACAAUAGUGUGAUGAAGAAAUCCCAUCGACACAAACACAGAGGCCACAGAGAAAAGUGUAUCCCGGAGGAGAGUGAGGUGAAGGAUGCUGAUGACUCUGCUGAGAUUCAAGAACAUUUCAAAGCCAUGAAUGUGGAAAAGGUUGACGUUUGUGUUCAUAGAAACUUUGAGGAGUCUCAGCUGCAUGUGGAGGCUCAAAUCACCACGAAUGCUGUAUCCACAACAGGCAGUAGUGGAGAGGCUAUUAAUUCAAACAGCGGGCAGAGCUGCGAAACUGUCCUAGACAACCACAAAAACAUUUAUUCAAAGGAGGACAAUAAAGCUGGCGAAAAUGUGACGAUGGAUGGGAAGGAGGUCAGUGUUGGGGACAGUGGGUUUGGCUCACCUAGGAAUGUGGAAGUGUCCCCUGAUAACAAGUUUCCUGCUGGGGACAGCACCACUGAUAGCAUCCAGGCCAACACCCUCCCACAGACUAAGCACGGCCUUAACAUUCUGCGGAACACUGACCGUAUGGCCAGGAAGUACCCCCAACACAGAAGCAGCAGUGGCUCAGCCUAUGCCGCCCACAUCAGUCCCUAUGCCAAUGGCUGCCCAAUACCUCUCAACAACCAGAGACCCAAGGAGUCAAACAUAGACACGGCUCACAAGCAGCGACCCAAAUCCCAAGGGGACGUGCUAGUCCACCCGUACCCCUCCCAGAAUGAUGUGGUACCCUACCAAUUCAACUCACAAGGGGACAUGAUACCCCCUCAAUACAGCUCCCAAAAUGUCAUGGAUGAAAAACUGUUACAAGUCUCCAGGAAGUUUCAGAUGGAAGGAGACUUUGAAGUUGUAGGUGUGGUUUAGUGCAUGAAAAGAUUCCGCUUCUGUCAUGGUAAAGCGUCAUCUAUUUUAGUCAAGGUUUUUAGACAUAUCUGUACUGUUAUCGUUGAUAUUAUCAAUUGAUAUUCUUCAUUUUUGUAGCAUAAUUAUGUUAUUUAAUAAUGGCUGUAUAUAGUUUUAUGUGUAAAUUAUUUUUUUCUGUACAUAUUAUGGGCGAGUAAAGAUUUCUUUUCCACCCUUGAUGUGGUGUUACAACCUGACAUCCUGGUGAAGUCAUCAUUAAAAACUUUGAUGUAAAUGUAGAUAGAUAAUUGCUCAAGUGGCCUUUCUGCCUAUCAUUGUGUUUAACAGUAACUGAGCCAUCAACUGUUUUGUUUGGCCAUGUUUCACAUUGUUAAAUCUUUUAUCAAUACUUUACGCAAGAAAGGAGAGAAAAAAAUAUCUCAAAAGACUAAAGCCUUGGAAAAAAUGUCACAUUUUAUUGUAAAGUUUUAAGAAGAUUUUUGAAGGUGAGUAAAUGUUGUGAUACUUUAAUGUAGACUUGUAUGUCUGGGUUUUAAACCAAGAAUUUACCACAAUUCCAUUUGUGUACAUGUAGUUGUGUCAGUAUGCGUUUGAUUAGCUCUGCCAGAGUGGAUGAAUUCAGUGUGGAUUUGUGUGUGAUAGUUGCUCAGAUAUCCCAGCCUCGUCAAUACCUAGUGCAAUUUCGUGGCUUUUUAAAGUAGUUUAUUAAGUGUCUCUGUUGUCCGCAAAAAACUUUAAACUGUUAGCAGAGAAUUACUUCUAUUUUUUCUCUAAUCAUGUUCCUUGUAACCACACUGUUAUCGAGUGGUUCCUGAUCAAGCUGAAAAUCUUGUAUUAAAGGAAUUUGUCUAAAUGUGGCUUCAGUUCAUUCUAGCUUAGCAAAUCCUUUCAAUAAUUAAUUUAUAUGUACAUUAUUCAAACUUUUUUAAAACUCUGACUGCAUAGUGUUGGUUUAAAUGAUACAUACACGUAUACCGCCAUAUAAAAAUCUGAAAGAGGCUGGCAUUUCUACGGUAGAGUCUUUAACUUUAACACAAUGUUCCAGGGUACAAGGAGACAUAUUUGUCUAUUCUAUAAUGUGUAGUUAACUGAAAGUAUCUACCAACGCUUUCUCAACAGUUGAAUCUUACCUUUAUCUUUGUCACUGUUCUUCAAUGCCUUCUGUCUUUGCUCAUCUCUUAAACUAUUACCUAGGUAAUC